GGCAGAGGGCGCGGCGCGGCGGCGCGGGCAGGGCUGCGGCAUGGAGCGGAGCCGGAGCCGGAGCCCGCCCCGGUACGGGUCGCUGGAGCCCACCCGGUGGCAGCCAGAGGAUGAGAUUGUCUCCAUGGCUGACUCAACCACCACCAUCGAUGACAUUGAAGGGGAGCUCUUCAAAAUCGAGCGGAUCAGGGAGAUCCUGGUGAGGAGGGAGUCAGAGCUGCGGUACAUGAUGGAUGACAUUCAGCUUUGUAAGGAAAUCAGCCGGCUGAAACAGGAGCUCCAACAGCUCAUCGCGCUUCCAGAGAAUGAGAAGUCCAACGAGGAGAGGCAGAAGGAAGAGGAGCUGGUGCAGCAGAUACACAAGCUGGUGGAAACACGGGAUUUCCUGGUGGAUGAUGUGGAGUUUGAGAGGCUCAGGGAAAGGGAAGAAGACAAGGAAAUGGCAGAGUUCUUGCAAAGUAAGCUCUCCAAAAGCUACCUCCAGAAAACAACUCCUGCCAAAGAGAAGAAGAUGACUUCCCGGGGGCAGCAAACCUCUGCACCGUAUGUGACCAAGACGGGCCUCACCCUGCUCAAGGAGUGCUGUGGCUUCACCUGCUCCAUCAUGUAGGCCACCCCCAGCCCCUCUGCACAGGACAGGACCAUGGUCUCCAGCCAGAGUCCACAACCUGCUGAGGGUUUCAACUUCGUCAUUGUUCAUGCUUCCCACUGCAGCACCACCACCGAAGAGACUUCCCAAGCAGGCUGGUGCAAGCUUGAAUGAUGGCAUGUGUCCUUGGUGCCAUGUCAGUGGUUGUCUCCUCCAUGACUUCACACAAACGCCGAAUUCCACCCGAGCUCAGCUUGGGAGAGGUGUGUGCAGCAGCAGCAAGCGAGGCCAUGAGAAAGAGGACCAGUACAGUCCUGCAUAUGGACAGUGAUAAAGUGUUGGAGAACAUCGUGCUCCGCCAUCCAAGACACGCUGUGGCCACAGAUGAUGUCUCAUCCUCGGCCUUGUGCCAUCUUGUGAGUCUACGGGUGAUUCCUGAGGACUCUUGGUGGGGAAUGUCUCUGGUCUGGGUUUUGUUGUGUUUGCAUCAGUUUUAUUGCAAGGUGCUCUAUGGCUCUGGGUAGAGCUGAGCAAAGCGUGAGGGACGUUCCCCAGAGCUGGCUGAAUGAAGGGCUAAUUCUUGUGUUCUCACCUGAGCACAGACCUGGUGUGUUGAGCUCUGGGCAGAUGAGUUGCUUUCCCCACCUCGCUAAGAUGGAUUCAGUUUUCAGCUAUAAGAAAAAGGAGGAAAUCAGAGCAAAAGAGAAAGGGAGAUAAAUACAGAACAGGGCAGGAGGAAAGGAAAACCAAAGAGGAGCCUGGAAACGUGCCAGGGGAAGGUGGGGAGACACCUUCACUGCCAAGAGGGCAUUCAGUCCUGCCCUCCAGUGCCCCAGCCAGCGCCUCUGGGCUUGGGACCAGGAGCUGGACGUAAAGCCCUGUGCCAAAGCCUCAUGGCACCCUGAAGCCACCCAGUGUCUCAGUUCCCAUUGUCCCUUCUGAGCAUCCCCUGUGUUGAGGUGGCACAGCCAGAGCUGCUGAUGCCCAUUGUGGCAGGACAGGGGCUCUCCUUCUCCCUGAGUGUGAAGGUCUCUCACACCUCUCCCCCUGCCCGCCCUUCUGCUCCAUAGGCUGCUAUGGCUUCACUGGGUGUUCUGGGGUGGGCUCCUAUUUGGGUGGCUGCCCAAGAGCUCUGGAUGCCGUCUGGCCAAAAGGCUCCAGCUCAGUCUUUCUGCAACUUGCUGUAGGGUGUUGAGAUGGUGCUCAACACUGCCCAUCGUGUCCAUGCCAGUGAGAUGGCCACAACCUAUUUGGCCCUUUCCCUUUCACCUGAUAGCACAUUUGUCCUUCUAAAACACAAUGCAGGUGGGAUCCUUCCUAGUGCAGUGCCAUGAGCAGGUCCAAGUCCCUCCUGAAUGUCUUCAUCAGCGCUGCCAGGAAACCCAGUGUGUGGGAACCUGUUCUCCAGCCUGCGCAGGGGGGGUUCCACUCCCUUGUCUGUCUUGAGCAAUCUCCUCCUCAUAUGGCUCAGCAGCAGCCAGAAUAGUCCACAAACUAAACCAGUCCUUCCGCACAUAUUGUCCCUCUGGUCUAUUGCAUACACACCAGGCUGCGAGGUCCAAAUGGGCCAACACAACACCUGGUCACCUCCAGCAAACUUGACCCCACUUUGGCUUGUGUCACCUCUGAGUCACUUCAGUGUUCUCAGUCUGAGCCUGCUGACUUUGUGCUGCUCAUUGUUAAUGUCCUACAGCAUCCUGCGACCACCACCUGACAGUUCCUGGUGCUCUCCUUGCUUGGGGGA